AUGACGGGUCAGACGAGUCAAAGCCAGAGCCAGAGUCGGGGGUCGCGUCGCGAGGGUGCGACGGGUCAGGAGGGAGUGGUGGCCUUCUCUCCCUUAGCGAUGGCCACCAACCAUAACAUCAUAGAGUACUGCCGCACAUCCAUGUCUGCGUUGAGCGGUUCCGCCGCCGGUAUCAUAGGUCUCACCUCUUUGUACGGCUUUGCCUUCUACUUCCUCAUGGCUAUCGUAUUAUGGCUUAUAAUUAUCGUCAAUGUCGGCAAUCAUUGGACCAAAUACUUCACGUCUCGCCGCCAGAUACUGACCAACGGUCUGUUCGGAGGGCUCACCACUUAUGUCCUCUUCUGGACAUUCCUCUACGGUAUGGUUCACAUACUGACCAACGGUCUGUUCGGAGGGCUCACCACUUAUGUCCUCUUCUGGACAUUCCUCUACGUGAAGAGCGAUCAGCGAGAAGACCAAACACUUGAGGUCCUGAACCAAGUAAUAGAAACAUCUCAAGCCUUCCGUGUCUUUGCNGACGCAAUGACGGGUCAGACGAGUCAGAGCCAGAGUCGGGGGUCGCGUCGCGAGGGUGCGACGGGUCAGGAGGGAGUGGUGGCCUUCUCUCCCUUAGCGAUGGCCACCAACCAUAACAUCAUAGAGUACUGCCGCACAUCCAUGUCUGCGUUGAGCGGUUCCGCCGCCGGUAUCAUAGGUCUCACCUCUUUGUACGGCUUUGCCUUCUACUUCCUCAUGGCUAUCGUAUUAUGGCUUAUAAUUAUCGUCAAUGUCGGCAAUCAUUGGACCAAAUACUUCACGUCUCGCCGCCAGAUACUGACCAACGGUCUGUUCGGAGGGCUCACCACUUAUGUCCUCUUCUGGACAUUCCUCUACGGUAUGGUUCACGUGUAUUGA